UGGAGCCCAUGUCCCGCACCUACCAGUACCGCAAGGUGAUGAAGCCCAUGCUGGAGCGCAAGCGGCGGGCGCGCAUCAACAAGUGCCUGGACGAGCUCAAGGACCUGAUGGUGAGCGCCCUGCAGUCCGAGGGCGAGACCAUCACCAAGCUGGAGAAGGCCGACGUGCUGGAGCUGACGGUGCGCCACCUGCGGAAGCUCAAGCAGCACCACGCCCUCGCCCUCCCCGCCCACAACCAGGCCCACGACAAGUUCCGCGCCGGGUUCACCCACUGCGCCAACGAGGUGUCCCGCUUCGUGACCUCCGUGCCCGGCGUCGACAUCCACGUCUCCACCAGGCUGCUCUCCCACCUCGGAGGCUGCAUCACCCAGCUGGACAAGAUCUCCGCCGUGCCCCCGCCCGCCACGCCCGCCGCAGCGCAGGCGCCCCUCACCCCCUCCUCCACCUCGCCCGCCGCCAGCAUGGUGCCCAUCACAGUGACAGUGCCCAGGGUCUACACCCCGCCCGCCAGCCCCGAGUCCAAGCCCAGCCCCGCCAGCCCGCCCAGCCUGGUGUCGCCGCCGCCCACCAGCGUCAGCCCCAGGGCCCUCACCAAGCAGGCGCCCUCGCCCAUCCGGGUGGGCGCCCCCGCAGGAAGCCCCAUGUGGCGCCCCUGGUAAGCGCCGCCGAGGGUCCAAGGACGCCUCGUGAGACCCAAGUACCUGACGCCGCUGCGCCUCCGGCCUCGCUCGCCGCCCAGUGACUCCUCGAGAAAGCCGGGGGCCAGGGUGCGCUGCGCUGUGAUAUUACGCUGUGAUAAAACGUCUUUCAAAGCAAAAGGAAAUACGAGAAAUACAAUAUUUAUUUUGUUAUGUUGUUAAUAAAACAGUUCCCGAUCUUA